AUGGCACAUAAUGAAAGUACAUCCAAUUUCAAAAAUCUCAGUAAUCUUGAGUUUGGUAAUUCAACACAUGUUCUUGAGUCUGAUGAGCCGAUAUACGAUUUUGAAUUUAAUGGACCAAUAUGUGAUUCAGUAGUUGUUCAAGAAAAUAAAGACAUCGAAUUGGGCAGUUCCAAAGAGAAGCCAUAUGAAGAAAUGAAAGGACGUGUUAAAAAGAAUUCUAAUGGAAUUAUACGAAAAAGAACAAUGUUGUGUGAACAUAGUGGUGAAUAUAAACCUAAAAACACACAAUUGACUAAAGAAACAAGCACAAAAUAUAUCAAAUGUCCGUGGCAUAUAAAUUUGUCACAACCGCAGAAGAAUAAUCCUAAUGGAAAUGUUUAUAUUACUAUAUUAGACAAUACUCAUAAUUAUGACUUGUCCUCUUAUAGAACAAAAUUUUUUAAUGAUAGUGAACUUACCCAAGAAAUGUAUGAAAGGGUAGAAUUUUAUAUGAAUGCUAUUAAGUUAAAGCUGCUACAAAUUCAGAGCGCUUUACGGAAAGAAUUUCCCAACCAUGAAGUUUAUUUUUCUGAAAUUCAUAAGGCAACAGCAAAAUAUUAUAGUGAAAAACGAAAGGAUAUAUUAAGG